UGAUAGAAGUGGGCGGGGCUGAGAACUGUAAACACCACCCAUGUCACUGCACAACUUAGCGGCUACAAGUCAGAUGGUAGCAAAAAGUCAAUGAAAAUGGCUCAUUAGCGUCGAAAAGUUGAAACGCAAGAUGCGAUGCUAUCUUCACGCAUUUCUGCUGUGCGUGGUUUUGACCUUCGUUUCCCUGCUGUAUGUGUUCAGCCAACUAACGUCCACCUUGGAGGACAGGGACGGGCGCAGCGUCAGCGAGCAGGACGUGCCCGACAGGCGCCGUCACGACACCGGGCACCUGCGAAGGAAAAGGCCAGGACUCGCAGGCCUUCGAGAACGCGAGCGGCUUGACAGGGAGAGAAAAAGCUCUGUUGGCAAAGGAAUUAGAGAUGAGAGGAGUCACCUGGCUGUGGUAGCCUGUGGCCCCAGGCUAGAGGAGACCCUCACCAUGUUAAAGUCCAGCAUUCUCUUCAGCAAAAAACCUCUGCACUUUUACAUCUUUGCUGAGGAUGACCUGCAUGACAGCUUCAGAAAUGUUCUCGAGUCUUGGCCCACCACUGUGCAAGCCAAGUUUACCUUUGCUAUAUAUCCCAUCACUUUCCCCAAGGAAAAUGUAAAUGAGUGGAAGAAGCUCUUCAAACCCUGUGCUUCUCAGCGGCUCUUUCUGCCGCUGAUCCUGAAGGAGGUGGAUUCAUUGCUUUACGUGGACACAGACAUCCUUUUUCUGCAGCCAGUAGAACACAUCUGGUCACUUCUUUCUCAGUUCAACACGACCCAUUUAGCUGCCAUGGCUCCAGAGCACGAGGAGCCAAGGAUCGGCUGGUACAACCGUUUUGCCCGUCACCCUUAUUAUGGCAAAACUGGGAUUAACUCGGGUGUCAUGCUAAUGAACAUGACACGACUCAGGGAGAAAUCUUUCAAGAAUGAUAUGACGGCAGUUGCACUGCGGUGGGAGGAGAUUCUAAUGCCUCUUCUUCAGAAGUAUAAGCUGAAUAUCACUUGGGGAGACCAGGAUCUUCUUAAUAUAAUAUUUCACCAUAACCCAGAAAGCUUAUAUGUCUUCCCCUGCCAGUGGAACUACCGUCCAGACCACUGUAUAUAUGGCAGCAACUGUCAACCGGCUGAACAGCAAGGUGUCUUCAUUCUCCAUGGUAACAGAGGAGUGUACCAUGAUGACAAGCAGCCAGCGUUUCGAGCUGUUUAUCAGGCCAUCCAAAAGUACUCGUUUGGUGAAGGCAUGGAGACCUCUCUGCUUCAGCCACUCGAAGCAUCACUGCAGGCCACCACACAUACCUACUGUGGACGAACCAGCCACCUGUUCACCAAAAGGUUAAAACAGAGCAUCAUGUCUGUUGAGCAGGACAUCACACAGAGGAAAUAACCAGGUCAGCACUGCAGUGCCUUCUAACACUGUGUCUCAGUGUUUCAAACACCUCUGGACAUGGCAAACAAACUCAGGUCCUUACUGAACCACAAUCUGUUUAGAAGCAACAUAUCAAGGACGUGGAAAUGGACAAAGAUAAUCCGUUGAACAGCUGUGAUGCCAUUUUUGGCACAAUCAGUCCAGUGAACAUAGCUGUAACCAGGUCACACAUGCUAUCUCACCUUGGUUGGAACAGCACUGAAUCUAUCAUAGCUGAUUAGAAAGACGUUUUCUAUAUUUUAGACAAUCAGGUUAUGUUUUAUCAGAAAAAUCUUACUAUUAUUAAGUACUGUUAAGACUAUUGUAAAACAUACACAGCUGGGUACCUCAACAGGCUUUUAAGAGUUUUUUUAUGGAAUUAUUUUUGUGACUUUGCAUAUGGGCAAUUGCUAUUAAUAUCCUUGUCACUGCAGUACGGAAUGUAAGCAGUUGUGAAUGUGAGGUGCUUUCCACCUAUACUGUUUUUACUAAAACAAGCUCUGUAGGAAUAUUUCAAACCUGUAUACUCUGAUCAGUAUUUAUUAUGGUCUGGCGUCCAUAACAGGAAGCACCAUUUCAAAAGUCCUGCUGUAAGACCAUAAGUCUUAUAAUGAAAAAGUUGCACUAUUAAUGUUAAAUGAUUGUAACAGAAAAUCUGUGGUGGCAGUGCUGUACUGAAAUGAACAUUGAAUUCAUUGUUAAAAAAGAAAAAAGUUUUCAAAUGUUGUCUAUGUAUUAUCACAAAUAGUUGCAAUGCAUUAAAUGUGUCAUUUGAGACCUAUUACAA